AUGAAUCGGCGCAUGCUCACCAAAGACGAAGAGGGGGCCGCCGACGAGGUCGAGGUCCGUCGCGAAGACCAGGACAAGAUCAACAAAUUCAGCCGCCUACACCAGCGGGAGCUGAAUCUAGAGGACGAGCUCAAGAACAAGAACAAAGAAAAGGAAGAGCUAGACGAUGUCACUAUGGAGCUGGAACUCGCCGACGAAGACGAUACCGUGCCGUACAAAAUCGGCGAUGCCUUUUUCCACGUCCAACUACCACAAGCACAGGAGAUGCUGGCCUCGUCGACAACCCGGAUAGAGGAGGAGGUUUCGGUGCUGGAGGACAAGCUCGGCACCACCAAGGAGGAGAUGCAACAGCUGAAGGUGGAACUGUACGCUCGAUUCGGCCGCAGUAUAAACCUCGAGACGUAA